AUGGUGCAAAUUCAAAGGUCAGCUCCUCCGGAGCCUGUGAAUCCAUUCCCGCGUAAGAGCAACAAUAGCUCAUGGGCUGGCAUAACGGAUGAUGCGUGGCUAGAGGUGCACGACGAGUUUCGAGACAAAUUCCCAGAAUUCGUAGUGGACAAAGAGGACGACAACGGACAUCCAGGAAAGAUCCUCACUCCCUACCAUGAAAUGUGGGAAAAGGUGGAGGGAGUUCUUCGCGAUAUUGGGACAUCCGCAGAGGAAGGCAGACGACAUUUCAGAGACUGGAUUACCGGCAUCGUAGACAAAGCUGGACACGUCGACUCGGCUGUUGGUCUGGCGACAGGAGUUUUCGCCGACUGUGAUCAGAAAACAGAAGAGGCAUUUGUGCACCAACUUGCCGUAUUCAUCACUAUCCGUAAUAGGCUCCAGAUGAAGCAGAAAACUACGAUACCCAUGGUCUUUCAGGAUCCAAGAUUCGGAAUUGGAGAGGAGUAUCUGCUAUCGUCCCUCGCGGGAGGGAAAGUGGUUGAGCACCCAGGGUGUUUGAAACACAUGACCAAGUCGUCCUUCGUCUUUGCAAUCCAUUUACCUGCGUCAGCCUUUGUGGAUACCAUUCUUCCUUCGCUACCAGCGCUGUAUAUUGGCAAUAAAAUCCAGAACACCUAUUCUGGGACUGGUCAGGUUCUGGCAGCGCGAUAUAUCCGACAAGUAUACAUGAGCGGCCAUAGAGAACUGACCAAAGAGUUGAGGGAGAUAAUUGAUCGCACUGCUUCCUUUGACGACUACUACGACUUGAUCGAGUUUGAUGGAACCUACGAUCGCAUUCAUCCCAGUCAGCGGAAACGCUGGUUUCAAAAUACGUUUGUCCACUUCCCGAAAUUGAAACAUCCUGAGCUGGUGUCUUCAAACAAGGACAGGAGCGAAGCAGAUUCCUCAAAUUCUGAUCCCAACCGGGAAUCGUACGGCGGUCCUGAAGAUGCCCACGGUGGGCCACCUUUGGGCGGUGUUCGCACAGCUUCUGCAGCUGAAUCGGCAAGUGUAACUCUUUCUGCCAUGACCCUCGCUCCUGCCCAAUCCGAACCUGCGUACAACCCCAUACAAAGCGUCGGCACAGAGCCCAUAGCAGCAUCUGCACGUCAAUAUCUGGCGGACAACAGCCUAUGGGAUAGAGGGAAAAGUUCUGCAACCAGUACGACAUCAACAGCCUCAGAGAUCCCCGCAUCUUCAUCCAAACAACGGCAAGAGCAAGAUCGAAAGCGUAGGCUUGAGCGACAACAAUCGCCAGAAAACUUCAAUCCAGAUCUGGAUCCGCGAAACUUCCCGAUCAGGAACAAGACUGACAAAGUGGCCGGGAUUUGGAAGCCGAAUGCUGAAUGA